AUGACUUCUGUAAAUCAAGUGAAUGAUUCAUCAUCUACACAUCGCAGUGCUGAUAUAGAAUGUGAACAAAUUUUUUCUGGAGAUCAAUCUUCUGAACAUCAGGCGAAACUCCAAGAGCAUUUUCAAUAUGUUAUGUAUACAUUGGAUUCAAUGAAGAAAAAAUGGCAAUCGGUAUCAUCGGAAAUCAGUGCAGACGCUAUACUGGAUUUAAUCAAUCCGAUUUAUGAAUACAGUUUAAAAUUAGAUGAAAUUGAGCGAAGAGCCAAUGCAUUACAAAACCAAUUCCAGACCCUAAGCAACAGUCAGACGACAAACAAAUCAAAAGACAACCAAAAUGCUUCUCUGAAGAAUGAUGUUGAACGACUAGAACGAGACAUUGAAGAAUUACAAAUGAAAUUAGACAAAAUAAGUCAUGAUAUUCAAGAUCAAACAUCAGCAGAAUCCAGUGUAUCAUCGGACUAUGAUUCAUCUAAAGAGAAAUAUCCCGUUCGAUUAUUUGUUAACAAUUCAAAGGAUGCUUCGGUGUUAUCCCAGUUGGUUAUCGGCCGAUCAAAUUCAUCGAGUUUAAGCUUGACAAAAGAUGGAGCUGCUCCAGUUGAAUCAGAAAAUCAAACCUCCACAGAGAACGUUAUCGAUGAGGACGAUGACGAUGAAGACAGAAUGGUCGUAUACCUCGGCUCCGAUGCCGAGUUGCAAAUUAAUCACAAAGUUCGGUUUUCGAACAAUAUCGUUCGUUGGUUACGCGGUCCUUUCAAAGCAAUGGUGCAAGGUUUACUCAAGACAGUGGAUUUAUUCGCGAAAGGAACACACAUUAGCGAAUAUAUCUUAGACGCUGUAAGGAAAGGUUUAGCCAAGCAAGGUCAAAACUCAGCGGUACAAAGGACAACGGGUCAUUCUAUCAAACCCACAUUCGCUGAAAUCACUUCGGAUUGGAAAUUAGAAGGAAAAAACGAAGAUGAAGGUUAUAGUAGUUCUUCUUUGUGGAUUCGUAAUCCUCAAGGUGAACGAAUUUUAAUCAAAAUUCAGGAAUUGCCAUUGUGCGCUGUGAAUGAAUGGUUAGCUUACGUUCUCGGGAAAGUACUUGGUUUGCCUGUGAAUGAAGUCCAAAUCGCAGUUUAUGAAAAUCAACUAGCAACAUUGCAUAGUGAUGCUGAAGAGGAAGGAGAGAAGACGGUUACAUUCAAAGACUUACCAAAGAAAAAGCGAGACUUACUUUUGAAACAACCGAUCAUGGAAGAAAUGGAUAUAUUUGAUCAUAUCAUACAAAACGUUGAUCGUAAUCAACAGAACAUCUUAUUGACAGUACCAAAAACAGUUGAUGUUGAAAACGACGAUGAGCAAAUCAAAGCUAAAAUACAUUUAAUUGAUCAUGCAAGCAGUUUCGGUAUGGGGAAAGUCAGUGGCGUAAGUACAAUGGCAGCGAAAUUUCACAGUAAUCACCUGUCAAUCGUUAAAUUCGAUCCAGUGCAAAAAUCCAAACAAUUCGAAAAAUAUCUUCGAGACUUACCAGUCGAAGAUCGACCAUUGAUCAGUAAAACAUUAGAGCGUUUCGCAAACAUUACUGAUGAGCAAAUGGACAGCUGGAUUACUGAAAUUCAAGAACUUUUGUCACCUGGUCAAUACAACCGUAUCUACAGUGCUUUACGUCGGCAACGAGAUGUUGUGAAACGUUGUCUAAGUCAAUGGGGCGCGCAAGUCGACUCAAACAAAGCAGAAGAGAAAGUAGCUGAGAAGAAAUAA